AUGGCCCAUUAUCUCUCCCAAGCCAGCGCCAGGCUGUAUAUGGUGCUCUCUGCUUUUCUUCUUACUUCGUGGACUAUCACCGCAUUAGGCCUCAGCGCCCUCAAUGUGCUCAACGAUAACAAAACCUUUAUCCAAUCUCUUGCCGCAAUCAGUCUUUUCACUUUCCUCGCCUGCCGUCUGCUUGUCCUUUUCAAGCCUAGAAAUCCUGAUGGUUCUUCAAAUGGUACCAUUGCGCACUUUAUCGCCUCAGCAGACUAUGGCUCUCGUAAAGGAGCCCUCGUGCUUUUCGGAUUGUGCUGUACGUGGCUCUAUGAGCUAUUAGCAAUGGGAAUGCUAUUGUUAUUCACGACUUUGUUUGGCGGUAUUAUGGCUACAGCGCUCUACCAAGAAUCCCAAACUCAGGACGGUUCGGCUGCAAUAGACAAUGACACACGCGUCGAUGCAUCGACUACAUCAUUAGCAGAGGUCAAUGAGUUCAAUGCCAAGGCAGGGGUGGAUCUGACGGUGUUUUUCAAAUGGAUCCCUCCCAAGGCAUUGGUUUACUUUGUGGCUGCUCUCUGGGUGAACUUCCUGAGUCUGGGCUUUUAUAUCUUGGGCCAUGCUGCAAAAUCCCUGGUUAAGGUAUUAAGUUCGCCAGCAGCUGCGCCUGGGGCCUCAUUCAAUGUUUCAGCUACCGCGAAGCAGGUAACAUCUGGUGAAGGGAAAGAGCUUGAUUCCGCGCAGUAG